GAGGUUAUACUGCGGCUCAAUCCCAAACGCCUCACCGUGUAACAUUGUAGUGCACUACCUAGGGUGUACGAGACAUUACGUAAUACCUGCGUAGUGCACGUGCACAGGGAAUAGCGAUGCGUUUGGGAUUGGGUGAGGGAUUUAGAAGCGAUAGCAGGAUUAGCCAGGUGCGAGAGUUGCUAUGUAGUUUGCAACAAAAAAUGGAUGAUAUAGAAUCGUUAUUUAGGGUGCUGUGAGGAUCAGUGCAGUUCAGUAAACAGUAAUAAAUCUUUAUGCAUUUAUUAACGCAGUGCAAAAGAAUUGAAAAGGUGAAGUUUCAGUCGAGCAGCCGAGGCUAACAGGCUAAGGCAGCUAAACUAGUCAGAGGGGCAUUUGGUUUUUGGAGCGUAUAAAGGCACCAGUGCUGUUUGUGAUGUGGAAAUGAUUUCCUGCUCAGUUUUUUAGCAAGUUGUCGACAUUGUGAACAGUUAGUGAUGAAAUGAAAGUGAUGCUUUCAGUUAGUUACUAACAGCCGAAACUUGGCGCUUCAGUGAGGCUGAUGGAGAUGGGCGGAGUUUUCCACUACACUUUCAACACUGCACCUGGAAAUGAUCUUCUGUUACUUUUUCACUGCCAUCAUAAUAUUAAUGAAUGAAUUUUUUACUGCAAUCAUGUGAAGUAUUGACUUUAUUGUCGUGGUUAAUGGGUUCAUUGGCCACGCCCCCUUUAUUAAGUUGCCUUCAUGUGCUGCCUGAAUUGUGUUGAUUUAAUUUCCCAACCUGCAAAUUGCACACAAACCUCACUUAAAUGUGGAAUUCCAACUGCGAAGCUUUAUUAACAAUAUUUAGACAACUCCCUGCCAUUCAGAGAUUUUAAAAAAAUCAAUAUAAGGUUUCAGUUUUGUACUCUACAUCAGAUUAUUUGCUGUGAAUAAAUACAGAUUAUUUGGGAGUUUUGUGGAAAUGAGAACAGCAGCAGCAAAACUGUUAAGAAACGAGGCUGAGACUGAUUUUUUUCUAGCCCAGACUGUAGAUUCAUGCAGCCUGUCACUGCCUACAUUUGAAUGCACAUCAGAAUAUUCCCAUAUACAUGGUUGUUGUAAGUAUGCCUGAGUUGCCAUUCCUAAAUACCUAGCCUACAGCUAAGCAUCUGUUAGCACCCACAGUUCCUUGCGGACUGAUGAAAAUUUCCGAUUAAAACAGGCAUGUUCCAGGGGUGGGAAUUGGAAUUUGGGGAAUCAGAAUAUUGUCUUAAUCUCAAUCGGGCAAUCAGAUUGCGGCGUUUACACGCCUCAGUACUAAUUCGAAUAUUGCCAAAUUCUGAUUAAUAUCGGAAUAUUGAUGUGCAUGUAAACGUAGCCACUGACAGACACACACUCCCUAGAUUUGAUUACCAUUUGGGCUGAUAUUUUCAUUCCAUUUCACUGGAAUCAGUGAUUGAGAAGGCACAUGUCAUCAGUGUAAUGAAAGCAAAAGAGAUGGAUUACUCUCACAUACUGUUUUUUUUUUUUUUUUCCUCCAAAUGUCUUUUGUGGAGAAAGUAAAAGUAGAUAGACUAAGCAGAAAGUGUCCAUGCAAACUACAAAUUACACAAAAGGGCAGAACACAGAGCUAUGAAGGAUGCUCUGUCAGAAAUCAUUCAGUUGGCCACAGUGGACACGGAGCCCUGGGUGCUGAUGGUGGCCGAUAUCCUGAAGUCAUUCCCUGAGACGGGUUCUCUCAACCUGGACCUGGAGGAGCAGAACCCCAAUGUGCAGGACAUCCUGGGAGAGCUGAGAGAAAAAGUGAGUGAGUGUGAGGCGUCGGCCAUGUUGCCUCUUGAGUGUCAGUAUCUGAAUAAGAGUGCUCUGACCACGCUGGUGGGUCCCCUCACACCUCCUAUCAAACACUUCCAGCUCAAGAGAAAACCCAAAAGUGCUACACUGAGAGCUGAGCUUCUCCAGAAGUCUACAGAAACUGCGCAGCAGCUAAAGAAAACAGCAGGAGUGCCUUUCCACGCUAAAGGACGAGGUCUCGUCAAGAAGAUUGACACUACAACACCACUGAAGGGGAUCCCCAAAGCUCCGUUCCGCAGCCCCACUGCGCCGAGCAUGUUCCCUUCCAGUAACAGGACGCCCAUCACCCCGGCUCGCACGCCGCUGCGCAAAGAGAGAGGGGUCAAGUUAUUAGACAUUUCGGAGUUGGACAUGGUCGGAGCAGGCAGAGAAGCUAAGAGGAGAAGAAAGACACUGGACACAGAAGCAGGAGAGAAGGCGGCCAAAGAGGAGGCAGUGGUGGAGAACGCAACCCCCGACUAUGCUGCCGGCCUGGUAUCCGCACAGAAACUGGGGGCACUAAACAACGAGAGUGCACUACCAUCGACCAGCUACCUCCCAGCCACGCCCAGCAUGGUGCCCUCCUCCUCUUACAUUCCCAGCUCCGAGACGCAGCAGGCCAGCACAGGUGCUACAAACCGGCAGCCAGAGGAAUCGACGGCGAGUGGCGCCGCAGCCUCCACACUUCCGGGUCAGUUUAAACAGAGAGCGCCCAUGUACAACGCCAGCACUGCCAGUCCCACAGCCCCCACCUCUCCCACCACGCCCACCAGCACACCCCACAACAAUGCCCCUCCCACUGCUGCCACUGCAACACAACCGGACACGGCCACGCCUCCAUCCACCACCGCAGCUCAAGCCACGCCCACGCCUGCCCCCCAGCAGCCACAGCCCAAAAAGAAUCUGUCACUCACGAGAGAACAGAUGUACGCCGCGCAGGAAAUGUUUAAGACUGCAAACAAAGUCACCCGACCUGAGAAAGCUCUUAUCCUGGGCUUCAUGGCAGGAUCAAGAGAGAACCCAUGCCCGGAGCAGGGUGACAUCAUCCAGAUCAAGCUGAGUGAGCACACAGAGGUUCUUCCUAAAGCGGACGGUACAGGCAGCACCACCAUGCUGGUGGACACAGUGUUUGAGAUGAACUACUCCACAGGCCAGUGGACCCGCCUCAAAAAAUACAAACCCAUCACCAAUGCAUCCUGAGGAACUGGAAACACACACAUAUACAUACAUACAAAUCCAUCACAUUGUCUUUUGAAGAAGGCAACACACAGACAAAUCUUACCCUUGCUCUGACAGACAAACACACACACACACACACACACACACACUCACUCACUCUAUCUGGGCCAAAAUGACAGAUUAAGCAACUGUCUUGAUGGUAAAGGGGUGUUUAAGAGGAGCGAGGUGGACUUCUUGUUUUGUUAAGCUCACUUCCUGUCCGUGUUCCUGUAUUGCCAAAAGUCAGGGACCUACUUUCUAUAUUUUUGUUUUUGUUUUGUGGUUUGUAAUAUGUUCUUUAAUUAUCAUUGCCCGGUUGUUGAAGAUGGGUUGGAAUAGAGGUGAGGUUGUUGCUCUAGGAUGCUUUUAGCUUCAUUGAUUGACACCUGUAUGUUUGGCCUUGCACGCCAGUACAUGUUCCAAAACACAAAAACAUGUCCAUCUGUUUCAAUGUGAGAAUGUAAGAAAAUAUUUACAUUUGCAAAAAAAUAUAAAAUGUAGGUUGUUUGCUGGUUAGAUUUUUUUUUUUUUUUUUUUUUUUUUUUUUUUUUUUUUUUUUUUUGAAUGUUCUGGAGGAUGUGUGUUUCAGUCAUCCAGAAGAACGAAAGAAAUAAAUUGAUCCAUGUCCGGACAAGAAUGAGUGUUCCCUGAUUUUAACAUAUGUACCUGAACUAUUGUUGUAGUUUAGUGAAGGUUUAAAGGAGCAUUCUGUAAUUUGAGGUGCCUUCUGCUGAUGCAAGGUGAGCUGUGGUUGCAGUGAAUACACUGACAAACUCUUACCCAAAUUUCUUCAAUAUAGAUAUGUUGCAAUAUACAUAGCUCUGAAUUUCCAACCUCCAAAUAGGAAAGUCCAAAGAAAAAGCUCCCUUAACACGAAAUUCCUAAUUGUAAACUUGGGACGGUCUCCUCAACCCUGAGUUCAGCAUGUGACGCCAAGUCAACAUGGCUGCUCACAGCAUCAGCAAUAAUUAAAGUAGCACUUCUUACCUUUAAAUGAGGUACGCUGUAUAUGCUGUCUUAGUUGCUUUAGAACAAUCAGCAUACAGACAAAUUAAGUUGUUAAAUUUAUAACCCUGACAAUACAGUUUGGAGGCUGUAGUUUCAUUUAUAUGAUUAUUAAAUAUUUGGGGAACAGUUUCAAACUUUGCAAACUGUAUCUCUCACUUGAUGAGUUAGCUUCUUUGUAGAAUUUCAGGGUAUGAAAUACACUAUGUGGCCAAAAGUUUGUGGACACCUGACCAUCACAGCCAUAUGUGCUUGAACAUCACAUUUCAGAUUUAAUGCCACCUUUGCUGUUAUAAUAACCUCCUCUCUUCUGGAAAGGCUUUCCACUAGAGUUUGGAGCAUGGCUGUGAGGAUUUGUGCUCAUUCAGCCACAGAUGUCUGGUGAGGAGGUCUGGUGCACAGUCAUCCCAAAGGUGUUCCGUGGGGUUGGGCCCCUUAGUUCCAGUGAAGGGAAUGUGUAAUAUUACAGCAUACAAAAGCAGCCUGUACAUUUGUUUGCUUCCAACUUUGUGGCAAUAUUUUGGAAAAGAUCCACAUAUGGGUGUAAUCGUCAGGUGUACACAUACUUUUGGUCAUAUGGUGUAAAUCCACCUUUAUUAAGACCAGCAAGCUGUUUUCUUUUCCACUGCCUGGCAGCUCAUUUUCUGGGUGGUUUGGGGGUUGUUAAAAGGCAAUUAUUAGUAAAAUUACUUGUCAGCUUUUUCCCAGUAGCUCUUUUUUCUGUGAACAGUGUACUAAUGAAAAAAAAAAACUUUUCAGUAGACUCACAUGGACCAUACAUGAAGGUCUGAUCUAUAUCGCUCAUCUGUCCAACUUUAAUUAAUAUAAAUGGCAAAUAUAUUUUAUUAAUUGGAUCUUUAAGUCAAAAUAUUAAACAGUUCUAAUUAAACUAUUCACCCUUCCUAAGUGCCAGGACCAGUAAGAGUCACCUGGAGUCCUUAGAGUUUGCAUGUGAAUGCAUGCCAUAACCUUCAGCAAAGUCACAAAAUGACUUAUGAUGCAGUACUGGCAAUUAAUAUCACUGCCCUGCAACAGCCCUUUCUUCCUCAUGCCUUAUACAUUACUGCACUUUCUGUUUUUUUAGGAUGGUGCUUAUUUUACACCUUAGAUGAUAAAUGAUAGGCUAAUAAUUUAACAGCAUUUACAUGAUGGAGCUCUUAACAUAAAUGGCAGACAAAAAGGUACAAUAUGAAAUGAAAAGCUCUAGUUCCUGUUUGUGACAGGUGGUGUGUUUCUUUUCAGCUAAUGGCAAACUGAUUUGAAUAGAUCAGUUUUACUGAUCCCAAGCUGAUGUAAAAUUGGUAAGCCAUUCGAUAAUGCCAUUAAUGAGGCUGUUAAGCAAAUAAACAAAAGAUGUUA